GGACGCUUUCAAGAAAUCAUCAGAAAUGUGAUCAGUUCCAUUUUGCUCGAGUUUACAACAAGUUCACCACAAAUUUGGCCUAUUUGUCGAAUAAUCUUAUGGAUAUAGAUCUCAUGCUUCAUACAACUAUCUUAUGGCAUCGUCUGCUACUCCUGAAGCCACUCCAAGAUUGAGUGAAGAAGCCAUACCAACACACAGAUCAUCAGCAGAUUCAGAUUCUGCUGAAAAAGUCAUGGAGAAAAAUGGACCUGUUGUUGCCCAUGUGGGCAGUCGCCAACCUGGUCCUGCGGCUGAGCGUGCUAAGUCCUCAAGUGGUAUAUUAAGAAGAAGCCCAUCCCCCACACGAAAAACAAAGACAGCGUCACCAAGUAAACAUGAUAAGGGUAGAUCAGAGAGUGUUGCAUCGCAAAAGGGAAUGCCCGCUUCAAAGACAAGUGUUCAACUACGUCAGCGAUCUCCUCAGGGGAAGCGUGUUGGGGACAGGUCUUCUGCGAAUGGUAGAAAUGACACGAUUGAUUUGACUGACCCUGAGAAGUUGCUGCAACAGUUGGCGAAUGUUGAUCUUACUGAUGAGGACACAGAUGUUCUACUUGAGGAAGCUUAUGCAUUGAAUAAGAAACUGCGUGCAGAAUUACAGCGGCAAGAAGAUGCUGCAAAGAAAAGUCGCAAUCACAGACUGCCUCCCCUGGAUCGGGAAUCUCAAGCAAAACUGCAGGAAAAAACACGUCUGUAUGGUGCUCCUCCACCAGCUGCAUCUCGGCCACACGCUAGUCGAUCAAAGGCAAGCCAGUCAGCAGUUCCAGCAUCACAUUCCCAGUCUUCUCAAGGUGUCAUGGGUGAAAGAAGAAGGCAGCAGCAAAGGUCACCAUCUGGUAGGUCAACAUCUGGUAAGAAUAGACUGGCACAAACGGAGCCUCAAGUGAGAAACAAGGAUAGGCCUGGAUGGGAUGAUAGGUUCUCCUUCAGUUGAACAUGUCAGCAAAGUGUGGUUAAAUCUUGCAUUUCUUUGGGGAUAUUUCCAGUGAUUUUAUUCAUAUCAUUCCAAUGACUCUAGAAGUCUACAUGUACCAGUGAAGCUGGGCCAAAGCUGUCUUACUUCAAGAAUGGAAUAUUUCAAGUGAUCCAGAUUGGAUACAUGACAUGUGUGAGAAGGAGCCUCAAAAAGUGCUUCUAUUCAGAUAAGAUUUCAAAAUGGUUUCUUGGUCAGUCUUGAUGCAAACAUAACGUCCCACUCCCUCUCCUCAUGUAGAGGUCACCAUGAAUUACAUGAACGAAGCUAUUGCAGGCUUCAGGCCAACAUUGUUGUUGUAAAACUAGGCUCUUGUUAAUUGCUUGUCACUGACAUUUGCAUGCUAUGUCCGUGCAAAGGAAACUGACAUGAGCGAAUACUAGUAAUAGGUUAUUUGUGUUUCUAUUGUGAUCAGUGAAACUAUCAGAGUUUAGAGUUCCAAAUGUCUUGUUGUACAAAGUGUGUUCAUGUACAUGUACAUUGACUAUACCUGAUCAUAACUGUGUGACAUUGAACAUCAUUGCCCGGGGUAAUCAAUAAUUGUGAGCAGAUAUUCUAUCAAGUCUUAGAUGGAAAAAUUAAUAUGUUGCCUCAAGGUAUUAUUUGUUAGCAUUAUUGUCUGUGAUAAGUGUUCCAUGGAUGAUGAUCAAAGUCUGUGUUUGCGAACAUUUGAAGCCUUUAAGCUCAAAUGCGAAUUAAAGACAAAUAAGUUUUAAAAGUGUAUUGGACCUUUAAGGGACAUCAGCUAAGCUCAAGAAAAAAACGUAUAGAAAAUUUCAUUCUUUUGAACAAUUGAUUCGCCAAUGAAAUUGAAUAUGUGUUACAGUUUGCAUGACGAGAUUAGAAUCCCCGACACAGUUAGACUAUGAAUAGAAAUGAUUCAUGCUAUUCAAAGGGAAUGAUAUUGGAUUAUAGAUUAUGAAUCGAUGUUUACAGAACAGUCCAGGUUUGUGUUGUAUUUGCCCAGCAAGAGGGAGGUGAUUUUGUUCUGAAAUAUAUGUAUUUCUAGGUCACCUCUCACAGUUGUCAUUACGUUUUUUUCCCUUUAUAAAUUGAAAAAAGGCCUACGAAGUUACAUGUACAAUUUAGCUUGUCUGCGGAUUUUUCUGAAAUACUGGCUAAUGUCAUGUGAGAAGCCCAAUUUGAAAAUCUUUUGUGUAUUCAUGUAGAAGUUUGCUAGCUCACGGCUGCCAAAUGGCUGAAGGCAAUGAAAUGAGGGCCACAAAAGGCUGUUUUCACUGGUUCCUUAUUAUGAAAUCCACUGCCACUUCUUGUGUUUUGAAAUCCGUCCAUUACAAUAACUGUAUCAAGCUUACUCGGACCACUUUCUGAGGGGCAGCGCAACAGAAUAUGGGACAUGAUUGCAGAGAACCGAUUUUGACCUAGAUCUUUUAUGGGAUAUUCCCAUUUAGACUUAGAGGUUUCUUCACUGUGUUAAGAUAAAAUGAUCCAUGAAUGUUUAUUUUGGUGAAGUGAAUGUUUGUUAAUAAGUAUUGAGAAUAAAUUGUCAG